AUGUGGCAAUGCAGAACAGUGAGCAAAGAAUGGUCGGUCCUCGCAGAUCCUCCCCGCUACCGGACGGCCUACGCGUGCGAAGGGAGCCAGCUGCACAUCGCCUGCGACGACGGCCACCUGGUGCAGCUGAUCCGGGCCAACUACGGCCGCUUCUCCAUAUCCAUCUGCAACGAGCACGGCACCCUCGAUUGGAGCGUGGACUGCAUGUCGCACCGCUCCUUCAGGGUCAUGCAGCAGAGUUGUGACCUGAAGAAAGGCUGCACGCUGCCAGCAUCCACUGUGGUCUUUGGAGACCCGUGCCCAGGCACACUCAAGUACCUGGAGGCUCACUACCAAUGCAUUCCCGCGGAGUCGACGACCUCGAGCAGUCCCAAGCAGCUUUCCCUGGGGUCCCUGGGGUCCCUGGCGCCCCCCCUGGUGCUGCAGGACCUUCCCAAGGGGACCCCGGGGGGGGACCUGGUGCCUCCCCUGCCGGGCACAGUGCACGCCGCCGCACCCCCGGCCGUCGUGCAGGCGGACAAUGCGCGCACUCCGCCGCCCCCGAGUCCGGAGCACGUGCUGGACAUCGGCUUCCCCUUCCGCACCACCACCACGGAAGAAACGACAGAAGCGCCAUCCACAGAGGCGGCGACGCAGGAAGUGUCAACAUCGCUGGACCUGCUGACGGACUUCUGCCAGCCCGUGACGGUACGAGAGAUCUCUUGGAACUGGACGCGAGCUGGAGAGGUGGCCGUGUACCCGUGUCCAGGAGGGGCCAGAGGGGAUGCUCGUUGGCAGUGUGGAGUGAAUCCGGUCAAGUGGCUGUCGGAACGACCCGAUCUCAGUGGCUGCAACUCCUUUUGGGUUGGGGACCUGGAGAGGAGGAUCCACGACGGGGUGUCGGUGGUGAACCUGGCGAGCGAGCUGGCGCAGAAGACGCGGGUGAAGGUGCUGUACGGCGGGGACCUGCUGCACACGACGAGCAUCGUUCAGCAACUACUGUCCAAGAUGGAGGACAAGCUGGACCAGGCGCUGGACAGCUACCAGCGUCAGCAGGUCGUCGAGGAGCUCAUGAACUACGUGGUGGACUUCAGCAGCAACCUGCUGGAAGAACACCAGCGCAGCUCGUGGGGAGACCUGCCUCCGAUGGAGCAGCGGGCGGCUGCAUCGUCACUCCUCGAGGGUCUGGAGCGCAACGCCAUGCUCCUGGUGAAGAGCCACAGCGCCAACAUGAACUACAGCCGCCUGCAGAGCAACAUCAUGGUGGCAGUGCGGGUGCUGGGCCUCCAGAGUGUGACGGACCUGUCCUUUCCCGACCCCAAGAUGGUCCGUGGCACUCCGUGGGCAGACUUGGGAGACUCCAUCUACCUCCCCUACAAAACCUUGCUGGAAAGCGCUCGCAACGGUGUGGUCAAGGUGGCCUUCUUCUCCUACCGUCAGAUGGAGGCCAUCUUGUCUGCCCCGAGUCCCCCAGGGGGCGACGGGGUUGGAGGCAACAUGACGCGACUGGUCAACUCGAGGGUCAUGGCUGCCGCACUGGGUCGCCGCCGUGUGCUGGGACUGUCCCAGCCCGUGCUGGUCACCCUCAGGCACAACAAGGAGGAGAAUGUGAGCGACCCCGAGUGUGUAUUCUGGGACUUCAGCAAAAGGGACUGGUCCGAGCGGGGCUGCUGGGUGGAGUCGAGCAACCAGACCCACACCACCUGCGCCUGCAACCACCUGACAAACUUUGCAGUGCUCAUGGACGUCAGGGCCGUGCAGCUGUCCUACUCCAACGAAGUGGCCCUUCAAGUGAUCACAUACAUCGGCUGCUUCAUCUCGAUCAUCUGCAUGGCGCUCACUAUCAUCACCUUUCAUUUCUUCAGGAGCUUGGAAAGCGACCGCACGGUGAUCCACAAGAACCUGUGCACCUGCCUCCUGGUGGCGGAGAUUGUAUUUGUGGCAGGCAUCACGCAGACGAGCCAGCGCGUGGUCUGCGGCGUGGUGGCUGGGCUGCUCCACUAUUUCUUCCUGGCGGCCUUCCUGUGGAUGUUUGUAGAGGGCUUCCAGCUGUACGUCAUGCUCAUAGAGGUCUUCGACUCGGAGAAGUCGCGGCUCGGCUGGUACUACGUGUUGGCAUACGGCGCACCCGCUGUCGUGGUCACCGUAGCUGCCUGCGUGGAUCCGACCAGCUAUGGGACGGAGCGGUACUGCUGGCUGCGCGCCGACAACUACUUCAUCCUCAGCUUCGUGGGUCCCGUCGUAGCCAUCUUGUUGGCCAACCUGGUGUUUCUGAGCAUCGCCAUCUACAUGAUGUGUCGCCACGCCAGCCUGGCCAGUUCGGUCAAGAACAAGGAGCAGUCCAAGAUGGCCAACCUUAGGAUCUGGAUCCGCAGUGCCACGGUGCUUGUGUUCCUGCUGGGCCUUACGUGGGCCUUUGGGCUGCUCUACCUCAAUGCAGAGUCUGUGGUGAUGGCCUAUCUGUUCACCUUCCUCAACAGCCUGCAGGGGCUCUUCAUCUUCGUCUUCCACUGCCUCAGAAACGACAAGGUGCGCAAGGAAUACAGGCAGCUGGUGCGCCAGUGCCCCUGGGCCCCCCCGUGCGUGCGUCGGGAGGACAAGUGCCCGCCCGCCGAGCGGCCGUCGUACGCCCACUCCAACGGCACCGCCCACUCGGCGCCCUCGGGCGCAGCCCUCAGUGUGGCAAAUCAGUUCUGGAGUCCGGCCAAGAACCAGGAGUCCAGCGCCACACAAUCAUCCUCAACGAGGUCUGCUACACUAGAUCGCCCAUCUACAAGAGUGCCAGCCUGCCAGGUACUCAACAGCCGCACGACGCCGCGCGCCCGUGACGCCAUCUUGGUGGUUCCGCGACACAAGAAGCCGUCCUCGUGCACCGCUCGGUGCUCCGACCCGGACGGCAUCCAGGGCUACGACCUCUGCCUCGCCGACUCUUCGGCCGUCGUCUCCGGCUGCCUUCCUGGCUUUGCAGACGGCUUUGUCGAAGGCUUCGCAGAAGGCUUUGCAGACGGCAUCCAACACCCUCCUCCCUACGGCCACUUCCGGGGCUCCGAAGCUUCCUCCGUCUACCUAGACCACAUCUACGAAACCAUCGACCAGGAAGACGCCUUUCCGUUGAGUGCCACGGUCGGCGGCGGCUGCGCACGUUUCGUGCCGAUCGAUCCCGGGGAGUGCCACAUCCGCAGCCGAUCCGACGCGAGCCACCAGUCUAACUCCAGUCUUGGCUGCGACCGGAGGCCGCUGAUCCGGCAGCGGAUAGGCGGCAGCGCCCUCUCGGACGCCGGGGAGAGGCCCGUGGAUCCGGCGUUGGUGAUGGCGGUCUUUGACGGUGAUCGCGUCAAGUGCACGCUUCAGGGGACUGCUCCCGGGAGGCCGGGAGGCAAGGCCCUGGUCACCAAACACCCCUGCCAGCCCUCUGCACACCUCAGCACGGACUGCUGACGGACGGUGUGAAGGGCCUACGUCGCAACGGACGCUUAGCGAACACGUGCGUGAAUUUUAGUUUGAGCAGACGGGCCGACGCGGCCAAUCGCUUCCGGCGGAACUCCUUGCUUGGAAACGUCUGUUGUGGUGUGUGUCUGGUUGUUAGAGUGUACAUAUUGAACUUGGUGUUAAAGAAAGGCUGUGAGGGGGGGACAUUUAUUUUCUACUGCCACGAACUGCCGCCGGGACUGCCGGCUUCUACGGAUGGACUUGCGCUUGAAAUUGACCGUUUUAUUUCCGAGGUUUUUCUGGGUGUGUGCACGCGGGAUGCGGAUGCUCAAGAAUCCUGGGAUGACGUGUGUUCCUCUUUUUUGUCGCCGACUUUUCGGCCCUCGUUUUUCCCGUUGUUUGAAAGAGAAUCGACGGAGGCUGGCCAAGAACAGUUCCUACGUUUGUAAAAAAAAAGGCGGCGACAAAUGAUAAAUUGGGAUGUCCAGGUGGGACUUUUCCAUGUCGACUUGCUCACAAUGUGCCAGGUUCAAGGGUGGCCGCCAGUCCCUUUCCUUUCCCUAGCCCCAUUGCCAGUCAAGCACCAAAUUUUAGCCUCGCUGUCCUCGAAGCCAACUCGGUCGAGAGCCAAAAGUCGGGUGCCGACAUUUGUUUUAAAAGUUUUGACCCGAAAAAAGCGUUUUCCCACCCCUGGACGUUGUCCCCCAUCAUUCAGUGUUGAUUUUGAAACACCCUAGUCGUCUCUCAAUCACUAGAAGAAAGAACAUGCUGUGAUGACUGCCAAUGCAUUCUCGGAUGAUCACCGGGACUGUUGCGUGAUUCGCACGCAUUCCCUCGACUUUUCUCUUGCACAUGAUUGCGUGCGUGAAUGUCUUCAAAAGUCGUGCAUGUCGUGACAAGAAAUGGCGUGGGAGGAAAAAAGUGUUUUUUUUUUCCCCUCAAGCCAAAUCUUUUUUUUUUUUUUUUUUCAGAGCUGCAUUUGUAUCAAAAGAUUGCCAUAAUUUAUUGUGUUACUAAUUAAAUAUUUCGUAACAAUG